AUGAAGCCGAACAACUGUAUCGUCGUCUUCUAGCUCCUCCUCCUACACCGAAACUUGCAGUGUCUUCUUCGUCCUCUCCUUAUCUUCUCUCGCAAUUUUUUCUCCGAUGGAAUUGAUACAGAAUCCUGUUCAAGGGAUUAAUUCAGCUUACGCCAUUGAAACUAUAAAACUCUGCUUUUCUCGGAAACAUAUAUCUUCCACGGUUUGUUCUCGGCGCGUAGCCUCUGUUUCAACAACGCCCACAACGUGUUCGACAAAAAGCCCCAACGAACCUAUUGGGAAAUUAAACUCUGGUCUGAUCUCAACAAGACACCGCGUAGAUCCCAAGAAAGAGUUAUCCCGGAUUCUGAGAGCAGACGCUGCCGUCAAAGGCGUCGAGAGAAAAGCAAAUUCCGAAAAGUACUUAACUUUAUGGCCAAAAGCUGUUCUUGAAGCACUUGAUGAAGCUAUCAAGGAGAAUCGAUGGCAGUCUGCGUUAAAGAUUUUCAAUCUUCUUAGGAAGCAGCAUUGGUAUGAACCAAGAUGCANGUUUAAGAUAUAA